CGAUAUGGCCGGGUUACUCGAUCGGAUGACCUUAUUAAACUGUUAUUAAGAAUAAAAUAGACUUUUCUUUGGCCAUUGUGUAUUCUUUUGAAUCUAGCUGUCAAUAUGGCCGCGGCCUUCCCACCUUAUGUCAGUUGAGCCUCGUGUAGAUCGUGAGGAUAAAGAAAUCUACAGGGAUCUUUACUAGAUCUAUUUUCUUAAGAUUAGAACGUAGUUUGCUUGGUUAAUAUACUUCAUUGAACUUGGUCAAUUAAAUAAUUAAGAUUCUGUCGACUCUUUUAUAAACUACACGUGGUUAUUUUUACGAUAAAAAGGAUCUGUGAAUUUUCUUUCUUCGUGUCUAUUUUGUGCCUUUGCUUUUAUUACUUUGAAAAUUGCUUUUUAUUUUUUGAUUAACUUCACAAGAAAAUACAGUGUUCGCGAUCAGUGACUGCAAAUAUUCCAAGGACCUCUUGAAAUACUCAGUUAUCAUAUAGCUGGUGUACUUAUAUUUUUAAAUAGCAAAUGUACAAUAUGAAUCCAGAAAAUUAAUUACUACUCUUCUGGGACCAUUGGAGAAAUCAGUGGCUGUAAAGUUAAGAGGAGAUUGUGGAUUGUUACAAUUUUAAAGUGGUGUUCGUUUGACGAAAAAUACGUCUGCUUGGAAGAGGUGAAAAUGUGUUUUAUAAUCAACUAAAGGGAUUUAUAAAUUCAUCGGCAGAUAUUGAAAAUGGCAGUCUCUUUCUGUGGAAAAAGAAUUAUUUUAACGAGGACUAGCCUCCUCAAGACACCAAAACGAAAUGGAUACAUUGUACUUCUUCCUGAAAUUGGUGAUGACUUACCAGACAAAAAUCCUCUCGUUAAGGAAGAAACUGGUUUUCCAGAAUUUAAUAGCCUAUCCAUUGAAAAAUGCAUAGCAGCAAUUAGCAAACAAUCCAUUGAGUUUGAGGAAGGUGUAAAAAAGAUUGAAGCAUCAAUACAAAAAAAGGAAAAUCCAGAUGUAUUUAAAGAAGUGUUAAAUCCUCUGGAAGAAUUGGGAGUGUCUCUCGAUACAACAUGGGGUAUAGCUAAAACUUUAUACUUUGGAAACCAGAGUUUAAUGCCCACAAAGUGCUACCUUGGUAUUCAUGACAGAGCAAGAAAUGCCAGGGCUGUUAAAUUUAAUUCUAAAUCUAUAUUCCACUUAUGCAAAAGUGUUAGGGAUAAUCCAGACCUAAAGUGUACUGAAGAGCAAAGAAGGCUUUUGUCAAAGUUUGUAUUGGAAGGUAAAUUGAAUGGAUUGGAACUCGAAAAGAACCCUUUUGACCGGUUUAGGAAUGAUGGCAAAGUAUUAAAUGAAAAGCGUUCUCAAUUUAAAGCCAGACUUGAGUUUGCGACAAAACAGUUCAAACAUAAAAUCAUUGAUCCAAAUACAAUGAAAGAUUUCCCUGAAGAUUUUUUGAGAAUUAUUGCUGUAGAUCCAAUGCAGCCCCAGAGAGGCCCCUGGGUAGUUACUCUACAACCACACAUUGUUACGCCUUUCUUAGAAUACUGUCCGGAUCGUGAAUUAAGGUGGAAAGUUUGGCAGGAGAAUAAUUUAAGAUCGUCUUUGGCUAAUGAUAAACUUCUCCAAACAAGUACACCUUUGGAAGAAAUUAGAUAUAGACGAAACGAUAGAGCAAAACUUCUUGGCUAUAAAAGUUAUGUGCAUUUGAGUAUGGAGACUAAAAUGGCUGGGAGCUUAGAGACCGUUUAUAAUGUACUGGAUACCUUGUUAGAAACAGCACGACCUUCGCAAGAGGAAGAGUUGAAUAAUUUAACUAAAUUUGCUAAGGAACGUGGCUUUGAUGGAACAUUACAACAUUGGGAUGUUCCUUAUUGGGCAAGGAAACAACGUCGUACUGUAUAUAACUAUAACGAGGAGGUAUUGAAGGAAUAUUUCUCUCUACCAAAGGUACUCGAUGGUCUCUUUCGACUCUCUGAAAGAUUAUUUGGUAUCAAGAUUGUAGAGGAGAGAAAAGUAGAUGUGUGGCACAAGGAUGUCCGUUUCUUUGACAUAUUUGACGCGAGUGGACCCAAUUCGGAGCCAUUAGCGAGUUUUUAUCUAGAUCCGUAUGCGAGAUCCGAUCAGAAAAUACGAAUAGAUCAGGAUUCAGGCUGGAUGGUUGGAGUUAGACCGAAGAGCACAAUCACCGACAGUAAGCCUUUGGCUGCACUGAUUUUUAAUUUCCAAUCUCCCAUUUAUGGAAAACCAUCCCUGCUUACAUUCAGAGAUGUUCAAGUCCUCUUUAAAAGGUUUGGUCAUGCUCUACAACAUCUCCUAACAGUGACCAACUAUUCGGAAGUAUCUGGUUUAUCGAACAUAGAAUGGGAUGCUGCAGAAAUUAGUAGUCAUUUCAUGGCAAACUGGCUGUUCGAACCGUCUACCAUACAGCAGAUUGGUGAACACUAUGAUACUGGUGAAACUUUACCUGAAGAAAACAUUGAAUCCCUAAGACUUAUACGUUCACAUAUGGCUGGAUAUAAUCUUUGUAGAGAGCUAUACUUAUCUCGACUCGAUUUGGAAUUGCACGAUAGCGAGGAUUUCUGGAUGGACAUUUCUACACGCAUUUGGAACAGGUAUUUUGUGUUGCCGAGGGAGAAAAGAGAUUCUCAUGUUUGUUCGUUUGAAGCAAUAUUUAGCGAUGAGUGGGGUGCUGCAUACUAUAGUCACAUUUGGUCAGAAAUGAUUGCUGCUGAUAUCUACAGUGCAUUUCAAGAAAUACCCGUUGAAGAUCAAAAUCAGGUUAGAGAAAUUGGUAAACGAUACAGAGAUACGUUUUUAGCACUAGGUGGUAGCUGUUCUCCAAAUGAAGUGUUUAGACGAUUUCGCGGUAGAGAUCCCAGCCCAAAAGCUCUCUUGAAAAACUUGGGUUUGAAAAACGUGAAACAAGAAAAGAUUAAUUAAAUAUCAAACAGAAAGGAGGUCCAAAGGAACAGAAUUUUGACAUUUUAACAAUGUCGUCAGAAUUAUAAUCUUGUUGUAGUCUGCUACCAUACUUUGUAUAUGAUUACAUAUUACUGUAAACAGUGAACUGAACAGUGUAAUCGAAUCAUGCAUUAAAACAUAAAUAGAAUAAAUAUUCAUUUAUUUCGAAUACGUUUCGAAUAUAAAUAAUGCAAAUAAGAACUGUUAUCACUUGUAUAAAUAAACAUAAAUCUGUACUUCUGAACUGAUCCAUUUAUUCUACUAUAUAAUUAUAUCAUUGAUUUUUCGCAACAUAUGGCUCAAUAGGGCUUCAUAAUGUCAAUUUCAACGUAGAAAAUAUAUAGUUAUCAUAUGUUUAUUUUUAUUUACAAUUGCUUACAUUUAAAACUAGAAUCUAGUCAAAUAUUUCGCGCCUGAUUUUCAUAUAUGUAUGUACAUUAGACUUUAACUGCAGAGUGUAAUAAUGGAAUGCUAAACGAAAGUGUAUUGCAUUAAAUGCGAAGAUAGAUAUACAAGUUGCGACCUUCCUGUUUAAUGUAUCAAGUUUCGUAAUAAAUGAUUCAUUCAAGCAAGA